AUGGGGCCCAUGGGGCCCUUGUGGCGCGGCUCAUCCAUCGGUGUUUUUCUCUCUGUGCUGCGACUUGGCAGCAAAGGAGAUAUGCGGACUCCGCGGAGCCUGAAGCUCCCUCGGCGCAUCCAAAGAUACCAGAACAUGGUCACGGACUUCUUGGGGAGCCUGGAGCUGGUGGGCAUCACGGGCUCGGCGAGGGCCUCCGGAUACGAAACGCUGGAGGGUGAAUUGGAGAUUUGGAACAACUAUGCGGAGAUUCUAGCUGAUCGCCCAGUGCCACUCGGUUCUGACCAUCCGAUCCGUCUUCGGGGUACAGUUCCAGCUACAAGUAAACCGCCUCUGACCGGACCUCGCCAGGAGAAAUCUCGGACGCCCGAAGCAAGACGAGCUCCCAAGGUGCGAAGGGGAACUGAUCCAGUGAUGCUCUCGAGGACUUCGGAGCACCUGGUGGUGUUUCUGAACAGCGAUGUGAAAAUUGUGAUCUUGGAGCCUUUGGGAUGGAUCCCUUCGAAGGUGAAACGAUCCAAGGAUGCUUUCCAGUUCAUGAAGAUCGUUCUGGACGAAGAUUUGGAUUGCCAAAGUGCUGUGGAUGUCCCGUCCGAAUGGGAUUGGCCUGGCUAUUUGGAGAGGGUCUCAGGGGAAGCUUCCAACCAGGAGCUGGAGAUCGAAGGGGCGGUGAUUUUUGCCAUGAACACCAGGGCCACCAAAAACAUGAAUCAGAAGUUGCUGGAGUGUCCAUUGGGGAUGCUGUCCAUCUUGGCACAUCAGCUGCAAGUGGCGCUUGCGGGGCUCACGGAGCAGAUUUCGAUGGUGACCUAUUUGAUGGCCUUUGGGGCGGAUAUGAUUGAAACGCAGUUGAAGUCUCCUGAUUGGCUCCUUCGAGCCCUCCUUCAGAGCCGAUGGCCGGUCUUCACCAAAUUGGCCGCGUCCGCCUUGCUCAUCCAAGCGAGGAAUUCAUGGCAGUCACCAGCAAGGUAUCAGAACAAGCCUUACAAGUUGGAUUUUCUUCCCUCCGAGCUGCUCUACCCUUUGGAUGAGCAACAUCAGCUGCCGCAUGGCACUACGUCGGCGGCGUUGAAGUUGCGCCGGAACGCAUGGCGUCGCUCCGAGAGCUAUGCCCAGCUCAUGAGGGCCUUGCAAACGUCGCUGGAAAACGCUCCAGCCUUACGAGGUCGUCACGUGGUCAUGUUCACCCUGGUCUAUGGGACGCGCUAUGCCGGGUACCUUCCUCGUUGGAUCCAACGGGCUGUUGCCUUUGGCCAUGGGGCAAGGACCUUGCUCUUUUGCCUCGAUGAAAACACGGUGAAGGUGUGUGAAAGCCAUCAUCCUUUUCCAGCGCUUUGUGUUCCUGGAGAAGUCAAGACGACGGCCAACAAGUUCCACUUCACUUCCGUAGUGGUCAACUCCGGCUUCGAUGUAUUGUACCUGGACUUUGAUACGAUCUUCUUCAAAGAUCCCUUGCCCCCCGUGCUUCAAGCUGCUGAGAAGGCGGAUAUGCUCCUCACACGCGAUUUCGGCACGGAGUGCAUCAAUAUCGGGGUUGUCUUCAUGAAGUCGCACCCUGAUAAUGCGCAAUUCAUGGAGGAUCUGAUCAUUUGGUUGUGGCACCAUCCUUACGAGUUCUGCCAAAAAGCGUUCGCUGGUGUGAUGGGCUUAGAGGAUGUGCAAUGGAACAGCAUCUUUGGCGACAUCGUCCGUUCGGUGCCGCGCUGGGCCUUUUUGGAUUCGCUGAACGCGUUUGUCACCAGCACCAUUUAUGGUGAGGGGGCCAUGGGUUGGACAGGUAGGGAAGAUCAAAUUGUGAUCUACCACUUUCUGGACGGAACUGGAGGAGUUGAUUCCUCCAUCUCAGUGCGCGGCUAUGUCAAUCUGUUUGACCUCUUUUAUGCAAAUGAUCGUUUGAACCUCUCGGAGACCGAAACUCCGCUUUAUGUGCAGGAUCCACAGAUCCAAGUGCAGCUGGACUUUUCCAGGUUGGAAGGACCUGUGCAACUGCAGGCCUGUAGUCACCUUGAAGAGGCGGCGUUCCCUGCGUGGAAACUUCGUCAACGACAUGAUUUACGAAAUCGAAGAGAUAUUCGGCCGAUUGAAUUGUC